CGAGGGGAUGUUCAGAUCAUCAGGGUUCUACAAAAGCAGGCCAAGAAGCCGAGGGCCGUCGGGAUAACGAUGAUGAUGACGACGACAACGACGACGACGAUGAUAUUGAGAUGGUCAGCAAUCCUUCGGAUGUUUCUGACUCAGAUGGCCGUUCGGACGCUACUGGGUCAUUUGUGCAUGUGAAGGAGGGUGACAAGGGUACCCGGGAGGACACUAUCCCCGACGAUGCGAACGACCAGGAGCCGGACAUCUAUGAUAUCAACGUCUUGGCUUGGGACAGCCAUGCCUCCCCACUUCAUCUGGCGAUUGUGAACGGUCAUGUCGAAGCUGUUGAAGAAUUGGUUUCUUCUUUUGGUGCCGAUGUGCUUCUCCCUGUCAAGCUCUUGAACGAGUACAACAAUUCUCCGAAAGCCGCCAUCCUCACCUUGGUUCUAGCACAGAAUUUGCCCCUGGAGAAGGCAAAGGUGAUGACGACGAAGCUUCUACAGCUUGGCGCUUCCGCCGCACAAGCAGACAUGCACGAGAAGACCGCGCUGCAUGAGUUGGCCACAAUUGGUUAUUCAGACCUUAUCGAUGUCUACCUUGACCACGACCGGCCUGCAGUCGAGAGAGCAGCCAACCAUCUCUCUGCUUCUGGCUAUUAUUCCAACCCGGUGAUCAAUUCUGCCUUGCUAACCGCUAUCAAGUCGGAGAACACGAUUGGCGCAAUCAAACUACUCGAAGCGAACGCGAAGCCAGAUAUCCCUUUCGAAGACUAUGCUGAAGCCGCCAAGAACAUCAUCAAUGUAUACGGCGACUCACUCGUGCAGCAAAAAGAGGUCUUCCAUGACCAAAUUAUCCAGCCUAUCGUUCUCGCUGUGCGAUCGGAACAGCCGCUGGUGGCUUUGGAAUUGCUUGCUCAUGGUGCAGAUCCAAACACUCUGGACCCGAAGGGAGCUAAGAUCCGGCUUUCUGGGACCUCGCCCUUGUUAGUUGAGGGAACUAUUUUAGAUUGUGUUCGAGCAAAGAUUGAAGAUCUUCGUGAGUAUCAAGGUGAAGCCGUUCAAUCGACCCCUCCACAGCCUCUGGAAGAUGACAGUGUGUAUCUGGAGGGGCUGAAGGAUGAUACAUACCAGAUGUGGACAGCCAAGGCGGCUCUGGAGAAGGAAAAAAUGGAGUACGAAACGGAAAAAAAGCGGUAUGCCGACAAUUUGGAGCGAACCAAGACUGCCAAAGGUUUAGACGAGAAGAAAGCUGCAGUCCAAGCCCUUAUCUGUGACUUUGAGAAGCUUGAAACCGAGCUGCUCGCCCGAGGAGCGAAGACAAUCAAAGAGCUCCGACCUGAUAUGCCGGAUCGCCCCGUAUAUGAGGACAUUCCUUACAAUACCGAGACUCAGUCCCCAAGGUUCAAGAUCAAUUUUACCUUUAGAGGGCCGGCCGUGACUGAGGCUCAGACAGCAGCUUAUAUUAAACUAUUUGAAGCUGCCUGGUGUGGAGAUCUUGACACUAUCAAGACACUCACUUUGGGGCCAAACGUGCACCACACGAAGGAUAAGAGGCAGCUGCUUGAAAUUGGUAUUACUGACAGCCGCUACUUUUCGCCCUUCAGCAUCGCCGUCGUACGAGGGCACCUCGACGUGGCGAAGGCCAUCCUUGUCAUCGCAAACGCGCAGUAUAAGCCGCCGGAGAAUAAAAAGAUCUCGAAAUAUGACGCAUACGUCUCGGACUAUGAAGACGAAAGUGAAGACGAUGAGCUUAAUAUCAAUCAGCAAACGAUCAGUGACAAGUUCACCAUCGACAAUAUUGGUGAAAUCAAGGCCCACGUCGAGAGCAAUAUCUCACCGCUGGCUGUGCUUGCCGAGUCGUGCCAGUCUUAUGUCUUGUUUGACAAGGAAACACUGGCCGAUCAACAGCCUACAGGCGUGUUUCUAUAUGCGAUUUGGAAGGAUGAUGUCAAUCUGUUGACUUUCCUCCUGGGACUCUAUCGUGAGCUGUUUGAUAAGGCAUCCGAGGCGGACCGAGAAAGCGACCGUUUCAACGACACUUCGGGCGUUGCCUUCUGCUCGGCUGUCAGGCUGGGCCGUCUCCGAUGCCUGGAGGAGCUCAUCAAAUCUACAGGAGCUGGUCUUCCCUUGGAUCAGCUCGCGGAGAAGAGCGGCGUCGAGGCCCAAGAGAAACCAGUUUACUACCAGGGUCUUUCGAUCCAUGGCAAGAAACGCGAAGACUGGGCGGCCACCAAUCGUGGGAUGUCUUUCUUGAAACCUCGAGAUAUGCACCCCCCGCUUUUGUUGGCUGCAUUCGAGGGCAGUCUCGAAGCGGUGGAAUGUUUCCUAGGCACAGCGCCCAGUCGUUACUACAUCGAGUUCACGAAAAAGCACAAACACGACAAGCGAUUGAAGAGGCUUGCGCAAAGUGAGCAGGGUAUUGAGAAAACAAUCGAGAACUGGCUUAGUCUUCGACAUGAGCUUGUCCUCCACUGUGCUGUUAUGGCCAAAACAACCGAAGAAACGGAACGACUGGUCGAGUACCUGGUCAAGAGCGCCCCCUACUGCCUGGAAGUGAAGUCGGCAGACGGCUAUACGCCCCUGGCAAUUGCAUUCUCUUUGCAUCGGUUGAAAUUCGCCAAGAUAUUGGUUGCAGCCGGUGCCAACCAGACAGCCCGAGACAAACUCGGGAACAAUAUCCUGCACCUGCUUCUCGGUGGGUUCGUCGAUCCGGACGAGGAUGACCUGGAUACGCUUCGCAGCAUGCUUGACCUGAUCGACCCGUUACUGGUGUCCUCGUUGCUCACCGAGCGCUCCUACUCUGUCGAACCCGGCUCUCUGACUCCUCUGGCCCAGUGGAUGGCUCGUUCACUGUGGGGGUCUGGCAUUUCGGACGAGACGGAAAACAAGAUUGCCGUCCUGCAGGCUGUGCUCGAUUUUGCCGAGCCAACGGGACAGAAACACCUGGAGCUUCUUGAUGGAGCGGGCAACACCGUGCUCCACGAUGCAGCCCGGUGCCAACUGUCCAAAGCCCUGCCGCUGAUGCUUGAGCGUCGUCCGGAUCUUCUCCUCCGUGAAAAUGCCACGGGUAGUACCCCUGCAGACCUUGCAGAUGAUGCCUGGGUCGGCGACACCAUCUCGACCCCGGCGGCGACAUCAUGGCCCAACACCAUGUUGAAUUAUUCGGGAGUGGCGAAGCGCACCCCAGAGUCAUUCGUCGAGCCGCCGCGCAAGGAAGGUCAUCGACCGUGGUCGAAGAAAAGGAAAAUCCACGAGAUCUGUCAUGGCCAGGUCCAAGGAGAUGAGUCGAAGAAGAGGCGGCUGGUCACCCUGUUCGAGGCCAACGAGGUGGCAAAGAGGCUGGCUGCCAAACAGACAAACAACGAUCGAUCGUCCAGGCGGUCGGUAGGAGGGGGUUCUAACGAGGAUGACGAGGGAGAUGAAGUGAGCGUAUGGAUCCACCAAGCGAGAUAAAAAACAUUGGAUAGUGGAUAGCAUAGAGCAUAAGAGUAACAGAGCCAGGAUGAAUAUUAUAAGAUAGGGUAGUUUUACAGUACUCCAUAACUCAGACGAAUGUCCCUCAUUGUACAUAUCAUAUCACUAACUACCAUAUUUCAAACCGUACGCCAAUUCGCUAUAGGAGAUGCACCA